UGUUUCCAAGUUUUAUAGAGGGGUAAUACAACGAUAAUUACGAACGCAUUAUAUGUUCAAAAGGCUUCAGUAAUAAUGUCUAUAGGCUAUCCAUAUCUAACAGGAAGUGACUACUGUUAUUCAUGGAUAAUAGAUUUUAAUCAUCAGCACUAUGUGAAAUUAAUCUUCACAAACAUCACGUUGAACCAGUUGAACCAAAUGGUAGUAAAUGAUGAUAAUGGGUGUGACGACAAACUCAUUCUAGGAACAGAUUUACAGGAGCAAUUAAAUGGAACUGAACUUGAUAACAAUUUUAACGAAAGAGUGUUUAUUAUUGAAACAAAUAAUACUUUUGUAGUUAUAACAUUUCAACCGUGUUUCCAUAAAUUCAAAGGAAGUAGGUUUCGAGCAGUUGUUAUUAAAGAAGAUAUUCCAGCUUGUUUAUCCAUCGGUCCAAGCGUGAAUUGGAGUAAUGGAAGGAAAGAGAUUUGCAUAAAUCCAGAAAUGAUACUUACGUCAAUGUCGAUUUUGAAUAAUCCGUUUGACAAUUUUGAAGAAAGGUUUAGGAUCCGGGCAAAACAUCACCACGGCAUCGAGAUUGAGUUUAUAGACUUUUAUAUUGUAUGCCCGAUAGAAAUAACCGAGAGUCGCUCUCGUCUCACAAUAAUUGAAAGAAAUGGCGACAUAGAAAAUACAUACUGCAACACAAAUAAACCUCCGGAAAAAAUCAGUUCCGAAGAGGGUACUUUGUUGAUUGUAUUUCGUAAAUACGAAGAUCCAACUAAAGCCUUUAUAGGAAAGGAGGGAUUUCGAUUACAUUACAGGACAAAAAACUACUCUUUAGCCAACUGGACCGAAAUUACCUUAAAAACAGAUGGCGAGAUGAAGGGCUCAACUAACACAACAGUUUGUUCGCAGAAAUUCAAAAAGUGUUACAACAUAUUUUCGUCAUCGAUGUCCUGGAAACAAGCUGGUUCCGUUUGUGGGGAAUAUGACCAAUUUCUUGUAACAAUACAGUCACCAAAAGAAUUACAGUACAUUAAUUACCUACUUCGUGAACAGAGGUACGUUGAUCGAAGAGCUGAGAUUAGUGAUUCAAAAGGUUCAAGCUAUAAAGCACAUAUAGGAUUAAAGCGCAAAAUUGUCACAGAUAGGAAAGGAAAAUAUGUUUGGUUGAACAAUUAUGAAGUAAUUUUUUCGCCAUGGGCAGUUGGUGAGCCAUCAGUUGGAGACUGUACUUGCACAAACUUCCGGUCAUUUAUUACAGACAGAACAUUGGAAUCAGAAUAUUGUAACAAUGGACAUAAUGCAGAUUAUUUCAUCUGCCAGUCGGAUUAUAAUGAAAAGGGGAAAGCAAAAUUUGCCUCAAAGAAAAGCAGGUGUAAUACUUAUUUGUCUGAAGGAAACAAAACAAAAAUGAAUUACUCCUACUCCGGGAAGUUGUGUCAGAAUUGGAGUAAUCUAACUAAAAAUGCAUUGAUACAUUUCAAUAAAACAUUUGACCAACGAAAAGAAGUUUUAAAGAAAAAUUCUACAUUAUGUCAAGACCCAUAUCGCUCUGGAAUAAUGGGUUGCUACGUGAAUGACAGUGUGUCGGUCUGGGAGCCAUGUUUCUUUCCACAAACUGGCUCUGAUUCUAUGAUCAUGGCCGUUCCUGAUGUUUCUUUUGAAUGCAACUCUACCGGACGCCGUAUACCAUGGGUGAAUAAAUGUGAUAGAACGUUCCAUUGUCAAGACAAAACCGACGAAGUUAAUUGCACCUUGAAAGAACACGACCUUGCAAGAGACGUUAAAUUAAGCUCUACAAAUCUAAACGUAACGGUCGAUGAAGGAAGAAACUAUCAUCAAUGUGGAAGUAAGGAAUGGAUUUCCAUAGCUGCAAAAUGUGAUACUGUAAUAGACUGUUUAGAUGCAUCUGAUGAAAUUAACUGUAUUAGACAAAGUACAGGCUGCAAUGAGAACGAAUUUGCUUGUGCUGAUGGGAGCUGUAUAAAACUAGGCCAGGUCUGUGAUUUCAAACCAGAUUGCACAAAUGCAGAGGAUGAAUUUUGUGAACUUCGAAACUGCGGUCUCAAUGAAUAUGUUUGUGAUAAUAAACAGUGUAUACAGGACAGUAAAAGAUGCGACUCAAUCCCACACUGUAUAGAUGGUAGUGAUGAAAUUGGAUGUUUGGAAUGCCGGGAAUCUUUUUACUGUGAUGGUGAUAGAUGUAUAGAUAAUAAACUGGUUUGUGACAAAGUGCGGGACUGUGAAGACGGUAGUGAUGAAAGUGAUUGCACGACUGACGAUGAUAAAUCGUGCGAGAAUUGGUGGCACAAAGGCUAUUUUGAAUCUGGCCAAAGAGUUAUUGGUAACAUUAUUUAA